AGAGAGAGAGAAAUGAGGUAAAAAAAUAAGUAGGCCGGCGGCAAUUGCAUCUGAGCUUUAGAAGCGAUCCAAGGACCCAACACAAGCAAGCUACUCAGCAGGCUGGAACGAGGACAAGGCGGGGUUCGAGGACGACGUGGUGGACGUGGACGUGGACUAGAACUGGGAGGCGGACAGGCACGCAGACGAGGAUAGCGCUCCAAGGUGGAGCGGAACGGAGCGGUGAGAAUUGGAAGCAGUCUUCGAAGAACUCUUUCCGGAGGCAGAAGAAAUGUAUUCGGCGGUAAAGCCGCUGUCCAAAUAUCUGCAGUUUAAAUCGAUUCGCAUCUACGACGCCGUCUUCACCAUCCACUCUAAAUGCACGGUGGUGAUUCUGCUUACAUGCUCCCUGCUCCUGUCGGCGCGUCAGUACUUUGGGGAUCCGAUUCAGUGCAUCACCGAGGAGAAGAACAUCGAGUAUGUGCAAUCCUACUGCUGGACCAUGGGCACCUACAUCCUCAGGCUGGACAAUUACAACGAGCUUCCCCUCCCGCCACCCUAUCCCGACCAGGUGGUAGCCAACAAAUCCCAGUUGAAGGUCAAUUCCCGCAGCCGUUAUCGCUCCUCCUACCAGCGAUCAAGCCUCCGCCGGCUGGGGGAUUACGACGAGGCGUAUGCCCGGGCCAUGUCGAUAGCCGAGGGCGUGGGCCCCGAAAUCCGUGGUCAGUCGCAGCGGGUGUAUCUGCGCUAUUACCAGUGGGUCAUCAUCCUGCUGCUCUUCCAGGCGUUCGUCUUUUACUUCCCCUCGUGCCUGUGGAAGGUGUGGGAGGGUCAGCGACUGAAGCAACUCUGUUCGGAGGUUGGCGAGGCUUUGCUCUCCGAGGAGACUUACAACACAAGGCUGCGCCUGCUGGUGAAGUACUUCACCACCGAUUACGAGGACAUGCACCUGAGCUACAUGGCCAAGUAUGUCUUCUGCGAGGUCCUCAAUUUCUUAAUCAGUAUAGUGAACAUAAUAGUCCUGGAAGUUUUUCUCAACGGUUUCUGGACCAAGUACCUCCAAGCCCUGGCCACUAUACCGUUGUACGACUGGGACCACUGGAAUCGCAUCUCAUCGAGCGUCUUCCCGAAAAUCGCCAAAUGCGAGGUGCUAAAGUUCGGAGCCAGUGGCACGGCCACCAUCAUGGACAACCUGUGCAUCUUGCCGCUGAAUAUCCUGAACGAGAAGAUCUUCGUGUUCCUGUGGGCCUGGUUCCUGCUGAUGGCCCUGAUGUCCGGCCUGAAUCUGCUCUGUCGGCUGGCCAUGAUCCUGAGCAGUUACCUGCGCGAACAGAUGAUUCGCAGCCAGUUGCGGUUCAUGAGCAUGCGGCAUGUGCAGCGCGCUUUGCGGGACCUGACCAUCGGUGACUGGUUCCUCCUGAUGAAGGUCAGUGUCAAUGUGAACCCGAUGCUCUUUCGGGAUCUCAUGCAGGAGCUAUGCGAGCUGCGUACCUCCUCCUCGGUGAGCAUUCUGGAAAGCGCCGUCUAGGAUGGUUAUCAGGAUCGCAAACGUGCCCUUGUCGUCGUUAUCUAAUUCAACGGUUUUCUAUAGUCUGUGUAUGUAUAACUAAAAAUAUGCUAUACUAAAUAUUAUUUUCUCUUCCGAUCGUAUGCCAUUAGCUUGAUAAAUUCCUUUUGAAAACAUUGUAAGCUCGAUACCAAAGAGUCUAAAUUUGUUGAAAUGAAUUAAGUAAUAAUAUUUUAAUACUAUAAAAAAUA